AUGGAGGUCUCUAACGCCCGGCCGUUGGCCAUAUUCACAGGCUACAUGGUGCUGGCCGCAGCCCUGACUGCAAAAUCCUUUGCCAUAAUCCGCAGCCAGCGGAAGCGCAACGCUUCAUCUCCGCCGCAAGAUGGAUCCGCCGGCAGUUCCGCGCGUCGUCGUGCCAUUUCCGUUUUUAGCCUGCUCGCCGCUCUGAGUCUUGCCACGACCUGGUAUCACAUGUUUCGUUUCUUUGAGUGGUCGUACGAUCAAUGGGCCAUUACACACCCAGUGGUAGCGGCAACAACUGAGAAUCCGGAAGGUCUCAGGUUGGGGGAGUGGUUGAGAGACACCUCGCUCUUCAAGCAGGCAUGGGCCUCGACUCUCGAGACAGGCCCGAGGGCCUGGUGGUCGCUGCAAAUCUUCGGAUUUUGCGCCAAUUGGAGCGUGUUGCUUGCUGUACAGGCCCGAAAGAGACAUAUCCCUCACGCUUGGAUAUUCGUGCUACUUGGGCAAGUGGUUGCUAUUUCUUUUGCGACAAACCUAUCGUUUCUUGCCAUCUUGUGCAGUGAUGUUCUCGGCGAGAAAGUAUCCAAGGAGGCUAAGGCAGAGAGUGUUCGAAAGGACAAAGGUGUCACGCCCUCGUCAGUGUCUGCGCAUAGCGUCAUUCUCGUCGUCACACUACUUUGGGCCACCUCGAUCCCCUCCGCCAUUGGAAAGCCUGGAUUCUUGCUCUUGCUUCUUGGGCCUCACUUAUUGGCCUUCUUCCCUUUGAUUUUGAACAAGCUGCUGCCUUCUAAGGUAUUAUCUGAACCUGCGAGGUUUUGGACUGUGGCCUCCAUGGUUUGGGUUUUGGCAGUUGCCUUUAAAGGAGUCGUUGAUGAAAGCGAGAGUCUGAACAUCGUCAUCCGUACCUUGUAUGAACAUCCUGCUGUCAGUAGUGUUGGUUGGGAUGUCAUUUGCUGUUGGAUUACUUUUGCAGCCUGGUUUUUCAUAGGGGUAGCCUAA